UGUCUUUGGCGUAUGGGCGGAUUUUUUAUUUAUUUUUAUAAUUGCUGGUUGUGGAAAAAUGUCUUCAGUGCCUGAUGGCAAGAAAUUGGUUCGAAGCCCAAGUGGACUUCGAAUGGUCCCGGAGAAUGGAGCGUUUAACAGCCCCUUUUCGUUAGAUGAACCUCAGUGGGUCCCGGACAAAGAGUGCCCAAGCUGUAUGCAGUGCACCAAAAAAUUUGACUUCCUUACAAGAAAGCACCACUGCCGGCGGUGUGGCCGGUGUUUCUGUGAUAAGUGCUGCAGUAAGAAGGUGACUCUUCCCCGGAUGUGCUUCGUUGACCCGGUCCGGCAGUGUGGAGAGUGCAGCCGGGUCUCCCAGAAGGAAAUGGAGUUCUAUGACAAACAGCUUAAAGUGCUUAUGGGAGGUGGUACAUUUAUUGUCACUUUGGGCACCUCCGAGAAGUCUGAGACCAUGAUGUGUCGUCUCUCCAACAACCACAGGUACCUCUUCUUAGAUGGGGAGAGCCAUUUUGAGGUGGAGCUGUCUCGGAUCUCCAGUAUGCAGGUGUUGACAGAGGAGUCCACCCCCGAAGAGAAUGACAUUCACACUUACACCAGUCUGCUGGACAGUCAGUAUAUCUCUGAAGGUGGAAACUGCAGGGCCAGUGGCAUGUUGCUCCACUACAAACCAAUGGGCUCUCAGGACCCCAAGCAGCUACGCAUGGAGGCAGCAGAGGACAAGAAAACCGCCUCCUCAUGGCUUGCUGCCAUGCACAAGGGUGCCAAACUGCUGUAUGAAGCUCGGGACCAGUGACUGGGUUAAAUGAGGAAGACACAUUUCAGUUGAAUGUAAUCAGUUGUACAACUGACUAGGUAUC